AUGGCACAGCCAUUUUAUGCAGAGUGGGCCGCCACCUUUAAGAAUGAUCCCAAGAGCUUUGAUGAUAUUGCCAACCAGUUUAUUUACAUAGAGGAGCAUACCCGCGAUAAGACGACCGGCCUCAUGCGUCAUGCAUGGGAUGAAAGUAAGGAAAUGGCCUGGGCCGAUAAGACCACCGGUCUUGCACCCAAUGUAUGGGCCAGGGCGAUGGGCUGGUAUGGUGCCGCAUUGGUAGAUGUGUUGGAAUAUUUCCCGGCAGAGCACCCGAAGCGGAAAGACCUGGUGGCGAUACUGGAUCGUUAUGCAGCCACCGUUGCCAGGGCGCAGGACAAAAAAAACGGCCUUUGGUGGGAUGUGAUGAAUGAGCCUUAUCCCGGUAAAAAGGGAAAUUAUUUUGAAGCUUCUGCCGCCUGCCAGUUUGUAUAUACAUUGGCAAAAGGUGUAAGGCUGGGCGCUUUAAAUGAAACGUAUUUAUCCACCGCAAAAAGUGGCUAUAAAGGGAUCCUGCAGCAAUUUGUAGCAAAAGAAAAAGAUGGACUGACACACCUGAAUGGUACGGUAUCUGUGAGCGGACUUGGUGGCAAGCCCUUCCGCGAUGGCAGCUUUGAAUACUAUAUCAGUGAGAAGGUGAUACAGGAUGAUGCCAAAGGAGUAGGCGCAUUUAUCCAGGCCAGCAAUGAAAUGGAAAUACUGGCAGACCUCGCGGCUGGAAAGGGGGCUAUCCUGCCCUUAAGAGAUAGCCUCGAUCAGCGCAUUGUCAAUGAUGUCCGGAACCGUUCCGGUGCCAUCAUCGAUGUGCAGGGUGGUUAUCCGCAUGGCACCCCUUAUGCCCAAACGGUGAGCGCAUGGCCUGUGCUGAAUUCAUUGGUGGCACCCGUUGAUACCGAUCAUGAUGGAAUGCCCGAUUACUGGGAGAACAACCGGGGGCUGAAUCCAAACGACCCGGCCGACCGCAACAACUAUAGCAGCACGGGUUAUACUAACCUUGAAGAUUAUCUGAACGGACUGACCGGUAAUGUAUCGGUGCCAACGACCGGCGGACAAGCUGCAGCUUCCAUCAGUAUCUACCCCAAUCCGGCGCGUGAUCAGGUUACACUGUUACUGCCCGAAGCAAUCACGGAAGGGACGGCUACGAUAUAUGAUGUAAAUGGCAAACAGCUGUUGGUUAAUAAGGUCGCAAAGGGCGUGAAGCAGAGCUUGUUUGACGUUAAUGCCUUGCCCACCGGUACUUACUUUAUUGUUUACCGGAAUGGACAGUCCGUAGCCGCUUCCUUUUUUAAGCAAUAG